CACAAUUCUCUACCAUAUCACCAUCCCACUUCCCACCACAAACACACGACCCUAAAACAGAAAUGGCGUCCCAAGGCCCAGCAACCCCAGCCCUCCUGCCUCUCGAACUGGUCGACAGAUGCAUCGGCUCGCGGAUCUGGGUGCUGAUGAAGUCCGAGAAGGAGUUCGCGGGAACGUUGUUGGGGUUUGAUGAUUUCGUUAACAUGGUUCUGAAAGACGUCACGGAAUACGAGAACACCCCAGAAGGCCGGAAAACGACGCAUCUGGACCAGAUGCUGCUUAAUGGGAAUAAUAUCUGCAUGUUCAUCCCUGGUGGAGAACCGCCAUCCCAAUGAUCCUACCCACUACUCCGCCAAAAAGGCGACAUACACCCCUCCCGAUCGCACGAUUCCUACACACAACCCAUCACCCAACCUCCUACCCAACGCUCGUCCCAUUCCACCAGCGGUACAAUAUCGAAACACUCAAAAAAGUCCUCUCCCAUCCCAUCGCAUCGCAUCGCAUCACCAGCGCCCCGCAGCCGCCCGCAAACAGAAACUCGGGAGCCUGAAACGAAAGAUGUAUGUGUGGGGCCGACGACGAGGUUCCCUAUCUCGCUCUUCGAAACGUUCAGAGGGAAAACGGCGGCGGUGUUUAUGUGGGGAUUCAGCGUCAGGCGCUUUUCUGUGAAGGCGGGUAUGCGGCGUGGGGUUGCGUGCGUGCAUUGAAUAGGGGAGGG